AUGGGUCUACCGUGUCCAGGUUACAAGGUCCCUGUGGCCCGCGUUUUCGAGUAUCGACCGCCGUCCGUCCUCCACUUCGAUUGCGAGUUGGACAAAACAAGAUACGAGUACUUUGUCCAAGUUGGGAGUAAGAUUUUGGCGACAUUCCAGCUCAACUCGAUGCCCUUCUGGACACGCCUCGCACCCCAACUAGGUCUUCGCCAUGCUGCUGUUCGACACGGCUUGACUGCCCUGGGUGCUCUCCAAGCUCCCUUCCACAAUAUCACAUUGGCGGCUGAAAUGCAAGCACAACCACGUCCCGAGAUCUCGGCGCUGGCCAUGUCACAUACGCACAAGGCAAUACGCCUGGUUCGGACUGCCGAUCCCGCAACAUUGCCGACUGAGGUCUCGUUGACCUGCUGUUUGUUGUUUCUGGCGAUGCAGUUCUGGAUUGAGAAGACGUCUUCAGCCACCAUGCACAUUAUGGCGGCGUAUCGUAUCCUGCAAGAGAGGUUUGGCUCCGACGCAUCUUCAUGGGUCGAUUCUCGGAACAUGCCCCGCGAUUUCGCUACUACGUUUAUUCCGUCACUCAACGAGCUCAUCAACCAUGCCUGCACGUUUUCGGACGACUUUCCCCCGCCUGGGUCGGGUAUCCCGGAAAACUAUCAUCUCGACUAUGACGUGGGUCAGAUAUCCAACAUUUCAGAUGCGAGGAGCGCUCUUGAUGGGGUCGACCGGCUCCUUAAAUGUGUUUUGCGAGCAACCUCAACGCCUGGAACGUCACAAUCCCUCGAAAAGAAGAUUGUUCUGGCAUUCGACUGUCUGGAUCGCAAACUACAGGCACUGCACCACAUGAAUGUCCUCUCAGAAGAUGGGUUUGAUUAUGUCCACCUCUGCCUUCACCUCCGGGUGGCCAACGUAAUGUUUUGGACGACUGGACAGCCUGACGAGGCAGGGUUUGACGCAUUUCACGUCGACUUUGAGUUCAUCGUGAGCUGUUGCCGGGAAAUCAUACAUCUGGACGCUGCUGGUCCUCGAAGAAAGCAGAGCGUCUUGAGUCCGAGUCUUGGGGUCUUAUCCCCUUUGUUCUUCGUGGCAACUCGGUGUCGAGAAUCGAGGUUGCGUCACGAAGCGCUCAGCCUCCUGCACGAGGCAGGUGUAAGUGAGAGGGGAUGGACAAGUUGCAUGGCCUUUGCCAUUGCUCGUUUCGUGGUCCAUGAGGAAGAGCGUGGACUCCAUGAUCUCCUUGUUGGAGAAAACGCCGCGGAUCGGCCGCAUCGCCGGCUGAGAUUGCACGAUAUCCAGGUCGAUACUCCAUCGAGAACAGCACACAUCACAUACUUUGUAUUCGAGCAGAGCCACCAACGCAGAGCCCCCCACCCUCUUGAAACCCCUGCUCGCAAACCCAGGCUGAACAGUAUUCAGUGCAAGGCAAGCAUACCUUACCCGUCACACCCAUCCGUCGAGAUUGAUGGUGUGACCUGCCAGAUGCCUCGGAAAGUAUUUCAGGCCUGCGGAUACUCGAGCAUAACACUCUUCAGGCAGCGUUUGGGAUGUCAUUGUCCGCGCGAAGAAUGA